AGACUAUCGAACAGGCCAAGAGCCGAUACAGCAAUGGGGUAUGAAUUGGACAAAUCCACGGAAAAUGCGAUACAACAUGAGCGAUCAAAAAGCUGACAAAUGCGCAACAGCCAUUUUCUUGGAAGGCCGGGUUUCUGUUCGUCGGUACUUGCGGCCUGUUGGUGUGGUACUUCGAAUUCGAGAAGGAGCGCAUGCAGCGCAAGAGAAUAGCCGAAGCUGCUAAGGGUGUGGGACGACCAAAGGUUGGCGGAACCUUUGAGUUGGUAGAUCAGGAUGGCAAGCCUUUCACAAGCGAGAUGAUGAAGGGCAAACACUCUCUGGUAUGCUGAAAGAAUCGGGCAAUAUAGCCCAGCUCAUGUGUAGCGUUGGUUUCUGACUUGCUAGGUCUACUUUGGCUUCACUCGAUGCCCCGAUAUCUGCCCCGAAGAGCUUGACAAAAUGGCAACUAUGCUGGAUAUUGUUGAACAGAAGGCUCCCGACGCACUUCUCCCCAUCUUCAUCACAUGCGACCCCGCCCGCGAUACCCCCAAGGCUCUCAAGGAAUACCUCAGCGAAUUUCACGACAAGUUCGUCGGCUUGACCGGUACAUACGACCAAAUCAAGGACCUCUGCAAGAAGUACCGUGUAUACUUUAGCACACCGCAAAACGUCAAGCCCGGACAGGACUACCUGGUGGAUCACAGCAUCUACUUUUACCUCAUGGAUCCGGAUGGUGACUUUGUGGAGGCUCUGGGCAGACAACAUUCACCCCAGCAAGCAGCUGCCCUUAUUCUUGAUCACGUCAAGGACUGGAACGACAAGAAAUAAAGUGUUGGCUACCUAUCUAGCUGUCAUAAA